CAGCUUUUCAUAUAUAUAUCAUCAUCCUCCAAGGUUUGUCAACUUUCCCCUCUUCGCUUCUUGUUCUCAAAUCUAUCUGGCGUAAAUCGCCUUAUACCACAAAUCAUGUCCCACAGACAUUUACAACGUCAGUCUGAUAGGGAUGUGCGCAUGCAUGACCCACCUACUCAUUCUCAUCCUCAUGCUAUCCUCACACAUCCCCAACACCAACCACCACCACCACCACCACCACCACCACCUAACUCAGCACAUCAACAAACUCAUCUAAAUGGAAAUGCAUCAGCCUUGCCUACUACACCAGCUCUUUCAAAUGGUUCAAGCCAUGCUCAUACAGCAUCCAAUCAGAUCGUAUCGCCUGUUGUAGUACCUAACGCUCCCGCCUCAAACGGCGUUGCCCCCGCUCCAUCUAGCGUCAUUCACAAAUUGGCAGUAGCCAAUGAGCAAACGUGGCUUUUGAUCGGGCGUGUCGCGGAGCAAAUGGGCGACCUUGAACAUGCGAUCACGGCUUAUGAAAACGCUCUACGGCAUAACCCGAUGUCCCUGUCAGGACUUACACAAGUAGCGGGAAUCGCGCGGAUCAAGGAAAAUUAUCCAAAGGCUGUCGAAUAUUUCCAACGCGUUCUUCAAUUGCAAGAAGACAACGGCGAAGUAUGGAGUGCACUCGGGCACUGUUAUCUCAUGCAAGAUGAUCUACAGAAGGCUUACUCCGCUUAUCAGCAGGCCUUGUACCUGCUCCCAAACCCAAAGGAGGAUCCCAAGUUAUGGUACGGUAUCGGUAUACUCUAUGACCGGUAUGGAUCCUUGGACCACGCCGAAGAGGCGUUCGCUUCUGUCCUCAAGAUGGACAAAGAAUUAGAUUUCGAUAAGGCGAAUGAGAUUCUCUUCCGUCUCGGCAUCAUCUACAAGCAGCAGGGCAAGUAUGAUGAUUCCCUCAGCUGCUUUGAUCGCAUCCUCCGUAAUCCUCCAAGUCCUCUCGCCCACGCCGACAUCUGGUUCCAGAUUGGACAUGUUUACGAGCAACAAAAAGACCAUGUCCGCGCUAAAGACGCAUAUGAACGUGUUGUUGCUGACAACCCUGGACAUGCCAAAGUCCUACAGCAAUUAGGGUGGUUGUAUCACCAAGAUGGAUCUUCUUUUCAGAACCAGGAGCUUGCCAUUCAGUACCUGACCAAGAGUCUGGAAGCUGACCCCUCAGAUGCUCAAAGCUGGUAUCUCCUUGGUCGUGCUUACAUGGCCGGCCAGAAGUACAACAAGGCCUACGAAGCCUACCAGCAGGCAGUUUACCGCGACGGUCGUAACCCCACCUUCUGGUGUUCCAUUGGCGUCCUUUACUUCCAGAUCAACCAAUUUCGUGAUGCUCUUGAUGCAUACUCGCGUGCCAUACGUAUCAACCCUUAUAUUUCUGAGGUCUGGUUCGACUUGGGCAGCCUUUACGAGAGCUGCAACAACCAGAUCUCAGACGCCAUCGAUGCCUAUGCGCGUGCCAGCGAACUGGACCCUGGUAACCACGUCAUUGCGCAGCGCCUCCAGCUCCUCAAGAACGCGCAAGCGACUGGUGGUCAGCUUCCUGCUGCACCAGGUCCUCAAGACGUGCACCCAACUGCGUAUGCCAGCGCCGUCGUUCCUCCUCCAGGACUCACUGGUCCUCCUCUCCUGUUGCAAUCAACUUCAACUCGUCCCCCUAUCUUCAGGCCUCAGUCCAACGGCCCGCCUAGCGGUGACAAUCUUCAUUUGCCCCCUCCUGCACCUGCACCCGCCUCUAGGUCAUCCCCUGGUCCGUUCCGAGGUGGUCCUCCGCCGCCCGUAGUGCUAGACGAGAGUCGUCAUAUCCCUUCACAUACGCCCCUCGCGCCUAUGGACGUCGAUCGUCCACCUCAUCCUCGUGACUACCCCGGUUCAUCGCGUGAGGGUCCAGGUCGCGGGCCAACUGGUCACCAAACCCUGCUUCUACACCACCCUGUUCCACAGCAGCAAGUGCAAACGGAGGAGCUUCGUAAUUCCGCCGUCCACGGCCCUGGUCAGUACAAUGACCACUUUCCUGGUCGUCCGCUCAGGGUCCCUUCCACGUCCGUCUCGCCACCGCCACCACAUAAUGCACGAGUCCGAUCGCCUGGUCCUGGGUACCCAAACUACCCUCCAUCAAACAGGCAACCUGUGGGACCUGCCCAGCCCAGCUUGGCACAGCGAUCGCCGCCGGCUUAUCCGCGGGAGGCACCUCGCCCAGAACAUGAUAUGGCUUGGGAUCGUCGUGGGCCACCUCCUGAGCAUCACCGUGAAUGGGAGCGUGAACGGGACCGUCGAGGACGCCCUGAAUACCCCUCGCAUCCUUCACAGCAGCCCUACUAUCCCUCACGUUCUCCUGGCCCUCGUGGACAUAGCCCGAUGGACACGUCUCCUCGCUCGGCACAUCCGUCGGCACAUCCUUCUCGUGCAUACUGGGACUCCAAGCCCCCUGGUGGUCCCCCUCACCCGCGCUCACCUCCUCCAGGUCCUCCUGAGGGUGGGCACUGGCGAUACGACCCUGCACGCGAACAGGAAAGAGACGCACGGGAGUAUGAGCGCGAGCGUCAGCUGCAUGAGCAACGCAGGCAUUCAAUGGGUUUCGCUACUUCUCCAGAAGGCAUCCCACACGCGCUUCCUCACCAUAUGGGGAGCAACUCGCGCCCCUCUGAGAGCCCGCGACCCACUCCUGCCCCUGAUGCGCGCGAUCGCAAACGGAAGCAGAUGAAGGACAGCAAGGACUCGGACUACACAGAGCAUUGCUGGCAGCGACGCGCCAAGGACGACUCUGUUCGGUCGUCAGAUUCUAAUGGUGUUCCUUCGAACGCUAUGUUCAAGAUUGGCUCUUUCUCUGCGAAAGAGGGUCCUGAGACGUCUUCCUCAGGAAGCAGGUCGUUACAGCCUUCACCUACAAGCGCAACGCCUCGUCCACCUUCACGGGUAGUAGAUGACGACUAUGACGAAGGGAUCACGGAAUCACUCCUCACUCUCUCGCACUACCGCGUCUCCGAGAUGCAACCUUCAUCUACCGACCGUGGCUCCGUCUCUUCGUCUUCACGCAGCCGUCCUUCACCUCCCGAAAGUUCAGGCUCGCUCAAACGUCCUCUGAGUCCAGUCGCGGAUGAGAUGGACGCAAAGCGAUCUCGGGUAGAUCUUGGCAAGCGCAGCGCAUCAUCUACAUCAGGUGGACGACACACUCCCAUACCUUCAUCUCGACCGUCGCCUAUACCCUUCCGCACCCAGCCUUCACAUUCGCCCGAGUCGCGUCGCACUCCAUCUCACUACGCUACUAGUCCACCGCAACUAGCUGUAGUGCCUUCCACCUCAUCCUCCCCACCUGCUUCCAUUGCGCUCCCUCCCAUCGCCACGCUGUCCCCUCAAUCAAGCAUCCCAUCGCCGUCUGAUGAUCGCAUGAUUCUCGACUCUACACCCUCGACCCUCUCAUGACCGCAUUGACGAAGCAGCUACAUCGUAUCGCAUAAUACAGAUAAUUAUCCACACACUCGCAUGUACAAGAUACAUUGAACACACUUGUCAGACAGUCCGUAGACUUGCAAAUACCCAUGUUUUGUGCAUUUC